UUUGUUUCUACAAACUGAUGGUCAGUCAUUUAAGUCCAAAUGAAUUUACUGACAUCAACAUCAAAGACGAUAGUUAGGAAAUCUGAAACACCACAAAGAGGAAACGGUUGCCACACUUUCAGUGUUUCAUGUUCUGUCUGUAGCACGAUCACAGAGUUUAAAAGUGAACGUGUGUGCGUGCAUGUUUGUGUGUCUGAGGAGGGUCCCGUCACACCCACCACGCGUCUGAGCCUGACAAAAGGGGUAGAAAUAAGCCCGACCUCACGGCAGGAAGACAUUGUUUGCUUGACAGGGCUGGACGUUCAUUCAUAUCCUGCUUCACUGGAGUCAUGGCUCAAACUCUUGACAUUGAACGCUGGGACUUGGAGUGCGAGUUUAACAACACCGACCAUCGGACUGAUCUGAACGGCGUGGAUCGGCUCAUCGUGAGGAGAGGCCAGCCCUUCACCAUCAGCCUGUACCUGCGCUCGGGGAGCUUCCAGCCUGGAGUCAGCUCUCUCAGCUUUGUGGCAGAAACAGGUCCACAUCCUUCUGAGCAGUAUGGCACCAAAGCCUCCUUUGGACUGUCCCCGGACAUCGAUACUUCCCGCUGGAGUGCUGCAGUCACCAGUCCUCCUGGAGACAUGGUGGCCCUGGCCAUCUGCUCCGCCCCCAAUGCACCCAUAGGCCGCUACAGGCUGGCUAUGGGACAGUCCAAGAUUGACUUCAUACUCCUCUUCAACCCUUGGUGCCCAGCGGAUGACGUGUAUAUGGACGACGAGAAAAGUUUGGAUGAGUACGUCUUAUCUCAGGAUGGGAUCAUCUUUCGAGGCAGCCACAAGUUUCCUCAACCCACACCUUGGAAUUUUGGCCAGUUUGAAAGUGGAGUCCUGGACAUCUGUCUGAGGAUUCUGGAUUCCAACCCCAAGUACUUGCGCAAUCCGGGAAAAGAUAGUUCAGGGAGGAGAAAUCCCAUCUAUGUGUCCCGUGUUCUGAGUGCCAUGGUGAAUUGUAAUGAUGACAAGGGGGUGUUGCUUGGAAAGUGGUCAGGUGGCUACGACGGAGGUGUGAGUCCCUUUCUUUGGCGGGGAAGUGUGGAAAUUCUCCGUAACUGGGACUCUGAAGCGUGUCAACCAGUACGCUUUGGACAGUGCUGGGUCUUUGCAGCAGUGGCCUGCACAGUCUCCAGAGCUCUGGGCAUUCCCUGCAGAGUCGUAACCAACUUCCUGUCUGCACAUGACACCAACAGCAACCUGACCAUUGAGCGCUACAUUGAUGAAAAUGGGGAACUAAUCCAGUCCAGAGACAUGAUCUGGAAUUUUCACUGCUGGAUUGAGAACUGGAUGACCAGGCCUGACCUUAAAGCAGACUUUAACGGUUGGCAGGUCAGUGACCCCACACCCCAGGAAAAAAGCGAAGGGGUGUACUGCUGUGGCCCCAUCCCUGUCAAGGCCAUCAAAGAAGGCGAGCUUACCUUCAAGUACGAUGCUCCCUUUGUGUUUGCCGAGGUCAACGCCGAUGUUGUCACUUUUAUGAAGAAGAAAGACGGCAGCACAUCCAAGGUCACUACAGCUACUGUGAUAGGUCAAAAGAUCAGCACAAAGAAGGUGGGAAGUGAUGCCAGAGAAGACAUCACUCAUCUCUACAAGUACCCUGAAGGGUCGGAUGAAGAACGAGAAGCUUUCAAGAAGGCCAACCACCAGAACAAGCUGCUCCAGCAGCUUCAGGAUGGAGGCCUCCACCUCACCAUCAAGGUGACGUCUGACAUGAGGAAGGGCUGUGACUUUGACGUGUUUGCCGUUGUUACUAACAACACUCAAAGCGAGAAGAUGUGUCGCCUGGUGUUCGGAUCCUGCGCGGAAUCCUAUAACGGCACUCUGGGGGAGAACUGUGGAUUCAAGGACCUGCUCAAUGUGGGCCUCGCACCAGGUGCAGAAAGACAAGUUCCCCUGAGGCUGAACUACUCCAAGUACGGCAGCCAUCUCACAGAGGACAACCUGAUCCGUCUGGCUGCUCUGCUGGUGGACUACUCCACCAAAGAGGCCAUGCUGGCCGUGAGGCAUAUUGUGCUGGAGAAUCCAGAAAUCAAAGUCAGAAUCCUGGGAGAGCCAAAGGAGAACAGGAGGCUGGCUGCAGAGAUCACCCUCCAGAACCCGCUACCAGAACCGCUGGAGAACUGCUGCUUCAGCAUCGAGGGAGCCAACCUGACCGGAGGAGACGUCCUCUCUCAAAGGCUGAGCUCGCCUGUGGGACCUGGUGAAGACGCCAAAGCGAAAAUCUACUUCACUCCCACCCACUUCGGGCUGAGGAAGCUCGUGGUCGACUUUGACAGCAACAAGCUGUGUCACGUCAAAGGCUACAGAAACGUCAUCAUUGGAAAGUAAAUCUUGGAAGAAAAUCCUGGAUCCUCUCAAAAGGGUUUGCAGUACAGCCACGAACAAAUGUGUAAUCAAUUUAAAACCUGCAUGAAAAUGUUUGUCUUUCCAAAGUUAUUUUAGUUUUCUUCUUUUCUCUUCCUGAGUCUGUGUUGUGUGCAAAACUUAAAGCAUGCAUGUCCAAAGUGUGGCCUGUGAGCCAAAUGUGGUCAGAAAUCAAAUUUCCACCAACCAACAGGCUCCUGUCAAAUCAAUAAAACUAAAACUGUAAACUUUUUUUUGUAAUGUAAUUGACUGAAGUCUAUUGUGAACGGCUGUAAACAAGUGAAAUGCAGUCACUGGACUUUUUUGUAAAACUUUCUGGCUCUUUUUUUAAAAUGUAAACAGUAAAUAAUAAAAAAAGGAAAACUAACAGGAAGAGAGGCCAGGACAUGUGGUAAUUUGAGUUCUUUUUUUUUCCUGACAGAUUGUCUUUUUGUUUCUCAACUUUAAAAACAAAACUCACAGUAAUUAUGGUUAAAAAUGUAUUUAGUUGUAUUUCUGUUCUAUGUGAGGGAAUGGAAAUAUUGGAGCCAUAGCUUCAAAGUUUACAUUCUUUCAAAUGAUUUUGCUCUUCAACCAUUUACGUAAUCCCAACAGACUCUGAAGCGGAGAAAAGCAGCCUCAAUAUGCAACUCUUUACGGUAGUGAAGUGGUUAUACAGUCAAUUAGCUGAUUCUGUUACGGAGAGAAGUUUCUAACAUGCAACGCUGCUUCUCUCUGCAUCAGAAUCAGCUGCUUCACAUUGAAUGUGUAAAAGGUUGAAGAGUUACUGUUUGUCAAAGACCGUUUUAUUUAAGUGUCCACUGUGACAGUUCCAGUGCUAAAGGGUUAAAUGGUUCAAAGAAGGCAGGCUGGUUGGUUGGCCCUCACAUUUUUAACUUCACCAAAUCUAGUCCUCCUUGCAAAACGUUUGGACACUCUUGAUCUAAAGGCUUUUUCUCACGACUCAAACCCAACAGGUCCCUUAGAAAUAAGUCAAAAUUUCUGGUCCCAUUUGUUUACUGCCAAUGCUGUAAAAAAAAAAAAAAAGUCUUGCUUUAAUUAAAAACAUCUAGUCACCAAGACAUGUUUUCUCGAAUAAAGAUUAUUUUUCUUAUGAAAAACUAUGAUUUUUUUUUCUUUGCAAGACAGAAAAUAAGAACUUCUAGGCUGAGAUUAAUUUUUUGCAGUGUAGGUUGUCAUGAUUCAACCAUCAGCCCUCACUUCCGUCCACCAGAGGGAGCCCUCGCCAGAGUUUUAACACCUACUGCCUGACUACAAGUCCCAUCAGCCACCUUCCUUCCAGCACAGCUGAUCACCUUCCAGCACAGCUGAUCACCAUCAGCUCAUCAGUACCCUCCAGCAUUUAAACAACUCCCAGCCACUGCUAUUUUGUGAAGUCUUGUUUUGCUUAGCAGACAUUCUGAACGUUAUUACUCCUAGUUAUCCACUCUGUGCCUUGACCUUUGCCUGUUUUCAAGUUUAUCUGCCUCGCCCCUGUGAUUUUGACUUUUGCCUGGAUUUUGACUAUGUAUUAUGUCCUGCCCUUGCUAUACUUCAGUAAAACAUUUGCACAUGGAUCCAAACGACUCCGUCCCUCGAUUACAUAGGUGCAGAAAACUUUUUUUUUCCUGAGGUGAAGUUCAGUCUUUAGAACUCAAAAGAGGAUCAAAUGCAAACACCACAUUUCUUAAGCUGUCAACAAUUUUAUAGUUUGGCCCAAAUGUGUAAACCAUUUGGAGAAUAUGUAUGGAAUUCAAUCUAAAGUUGUGAUGUGACGACUCGCAGUGCUUGAAUUAACUGUUUUACUUUCUGUCUGGAAUAAGUCAAACUGUAUUUCUGUGGCUGAUAAUAAAUAAUCAUAUUUCUACCA